GCGGCCGGGAUGGCCCGGACCUGCCGCGAUUCCCAUUUUUAUUAUUACGGCAUCAAAUUCGCGCUCUCCGCCUACUCCACGCUCUUCUCGAUCCUGGGGCUGCUGAUCCUGAGCGUGGGGAUCUACGCCGAGGUGGAGCGGCAGCGGCACAAAACCCUGGAAGGGAUUUUCCUGGCUCCGGCCGUGCUGCUGCUCCUGCUGGGAAUCACCGUGUUCCUGGUGUCCUUCGUGGGAAUGGUCGGGAGCCUCCGCGACAACCGGACCCUGCUGAGGAUGUUCUUCUGGGUGCUCCUGCUGAUCUUCCUGACGGAGCUGCUGCUGAUCCUCAUGGAAAUCAUCUUCGAGAACAAGAUGAACGAGGUUUUCCACUCCAACAUCCAGGAGGGAAUCCGGCACUACUAUGACGACCUGGACUUCAAAAAUAUCCUGGAUUUUGUGCAGGAAAAGUUUUCCUGCUGCGGAGGGGACGAAUUCCGGGAUUGGGAAGUGAACCGCUACCACUGGUGCAACGGCAGCGGCGCCCUGGCCUGCGGGGUGCCGCAUUCCUGCUGCGUCCGCGCGGCUCCCGGAGGAGUGGUGAACACCCUGUGCGGGUACCGCGCCCUGGACAAGGAGCGCCUGGAGCUGCUCGGCACCAUCCACGUCCGGGGCUGCAUCCACGCCGUGGGGCUCUGGCUCAAGGACAACUUCCAGGCCACCUUGGCCAUCGUCUGCUCCCUGCUGCUGCCUCAGGUGCUGGGCCUGGCCAUGGCCUGGCUCCACUGGCAGCAGCUCAACGAGAUCCGCUCCCGCCUGGAUUCCCUGGAUUUCCCGCUGCCGGAAUCGCGGGAUCUCCGCUUGGCCUCCCUGGAUCUCCGCGGCGCCGGCUGGUGCUGGUGCCUGCCCAGGGAGGGCGGAUACAUCCCGGUAAAUCCCGGGAAUGCCGAGGAGGAGGAGGAGGAGGAGGAGGAGGAGGAAGGAGCCGCCUGGGCCAGCAAAGCGUGA